UAUGUCAUUGAGGAGUGUCAAAUUCAUAAGAUAUAGAACAAUAAUUAGAAAAAAUUGGAUAGUGAUGAAAAAAACUCCGUUUGAGCUCCUUUGAUUGUUGAUGUUAAAAUUAACUGUAACUUCACCGUUUUACUUAUUUAAUUCAUCUUAAGUUUGUACAUAUAUUUUAGACGUGAGUUGCCAAAAGAUCCAACAAAAUGGCAGCCACCAGAAGAUUACAAAAAGAACUAGGAGAUAUUAGAAAUUCAGGACUAAAAUCAUUCCGUGAUAUUCAAGUGGAUGAAACCAAUAUUUUAACUUGGCAAGGUCUUAUAGUUCCGGAUAGUCCGCCUUACAACAAAGGAGCUUUUAAGAUAGAAAUUAACUUUCCCGCAGAAUAUCCCUUUAAACCACCAAAAAUAAAUUUUAAAACUAAAAUUUAUCAUCCAAACAUUGAUGAGAAGGGUCAAGUUUGUCUACCUAUUAUAAGUGCUGAAAAUUGGAAACCUGCCACUAAAACAGAACAAGUGAUCCAAGCUUUGGUUGCUCUUGUGAAUGAACCGGAACCAGAACACCCUCUGCGUGGAGACUUAGCUGAAGAAUAUCUCAAGGACAAGAAAAAAUUUACGAAGAAUGCAGAAGAUUAUACGAAAAAACACAGUGAAAAGAGACCAGCAGAUUAAAUGAAAUUAAACACUAGACAAACAUCAUUGUUUGAAAUUGACAUUCAAUUCUCAAAAUUUCAAAUUGUGCUCUCAAUAAACAAACAUAUUAUUUUUUUGGAUAAAUUCAUUGUUCCAAUAGUACUGGAAAUUUCCUUACUUCUGGGACAUCCUGAGUUUAUGCAACCCCUAAUGUUAUUUAUGUAAAAUAAGUUGGUUAUGACUUCUCACUUUUUUAAUUAAAAUAACUUUCAAAAGAAAGUUCCACCUUUACUCAACAAUAUGUACAUAUUUUUUCCAACUGGUAUCAACACUUAGAUUCCUAGACUAUUACAAGUGAUAUUUUUGCAGGAGAAAACUUGUACUUUCAAUAAUAUGUUUGUUUUUUUUUUAAUAUUUUGGGCGCUAUAAUAUUUUUUUAUAUAUUCAAUAGGUAUGUCAUUUUCACUCAGUGGAUUGAAUUUGCAUUUUUCAUUUUACACUUAACUAUUCAU